UCCCCAUCGUCACUUCCUACCAAGACUCUCGCGCGGUCACGUGACGUGGCGUUAGCUCGCGGACUCUGUAUGUUUGUCGUUAGCGCUAACGGUUUUAGCAAAAUGCUAAACUCGCUUUUUCCGUCGGUUUGUCGUGUCGUGACCCCGCAGCCCGCCGCGCGGACACCGGAGACCGGGUUUUACCGUCGAAUUCUGACCGUUAGAAAAAAAAAAAAAAAAAAAAAACACGCGAGCCACAGGCCUCGCUGCGCGUCACGUGACCAACAUGCGGCUGAGCCGUUUGAUUAAAAAAAAAAAAAAAAAAAAAAAAGAAAGAUGGCGUGAGCGCGGCGGAGCGAAGAGGACAACAAACCUGCCCCCCUCCUCCUCCCGCUCCUCACGAGAGCUGCUCAGCCCGUCCGCGAGCCGCCGGAGCCGCGAGCCGGCCAGUUGAAACUUUAACAAAUGGAUCCUGGACAGGAUUUACUUCUCGCUGCCCUGAGCGAGAGCGGCAUUUGCCCGAACGACAUCGGCUUCUUUGAUGUUGAUUCUCAGGAUGUUGCACAGCCCUCUACAACCCAGCAAUCUAUCUCCAUCAGUGCCCUGGAUGUUGGCGUGGGGACUCCAGAGUCGGUGGAUGUUGUUCGAACCGAGCCUCCAGCUCCGGUCCCUAUAGUUACUAUCAGGCAGCACAAACCUCAGCCAUCAACCACCACGUUUGUCUUAAAUCAGCUGAACCAGUUGCCGUCACUUGGAACCGCUGUGACCAAACAAUCAGCCACGAACAACAUCAAACACACCAUCACCGUCACCAAGGUGGUCCACGUCGCCAAUUCAGGCCUGCGAGGUUCUUCGACCCCCUCCUCCACCAGUAUUCCUCCGUCAGCGUCCACAGUCGUGCCUUCUAACAGAGAUCAGCAGAUUCAGUUGAAAGACCUCCUUCGGACCGGCAAUGUGAAGAGCACCGGUCUGAAGGGAAACAGUCUGAUGGAGCUCAUGAAGCUGAAACCUCCACCUGACAUCACCACACCUGUGGCAACAGCAACAGCCACAGGUGAAAUGAACAAUGGAAUAAAGAGGGAGGUGUUGGGCAAAGACCCCCCCAGGAUCUGGAUCAAUGACUUUAAAAUGCAGAACUUCUCUCACUCUCUGAAACCUCCGGGGAUGAAGGAGGAAGACGAGCCUGAGGAGGAAGAGGAAGAUGAGCUGGGUCACGCAGAAACGUAUGCAGAGUACAUGCCGAUGAAACUGAAGGUCGGUCUGCGGCAUCCCGACCCCGUGGUGGAGACCAGCUCCCUGUCCAGCGUCAAUCCUCCGGACGUUUGGUACAGACUGUCCAUCCCAGAAGAAGUCAUCGAUCGAGGCUGCCUGUCCGCUCUGCAGCUGGAAGCCAUCACGUACGCAGCUCAGCAACACGAGACGUUCCUCCCGAGCGGCGAUCGAGCCGCCUAUCUGAUCGGUGAUGGAGCUGGUGUGGGGAAAGGCCGGACGAUCGCCGGGGUCAUCUAUGAGAAUUACCUUUUAGGCAGGAAGAGAUCGCUCUGGUUUAGUGUCUCAAAUGACUUAAAGUACGACGCUGAAAGGGAUUUAAGGGACAUCGGAGCCAAAAACAUCCAGGUCCACGCACUGAACAAGUUCAAAUAUGGCAAAAUCUCCUCCAAACACAACGGGAGCGUGAAGAAAGGCGUGAUAUUCGCCACCUACUCUUCCCUGAUAGGAGAGAGCCAAUCAGGAGGGAAGUACAAGACCAGGUUUCAGCAGCUUCUCCACUGGUGUGGGGAGGACUUCGACGGAGUCAUCGUCUAUGACGAGUGUCACAAAGCCAAAAAUGUUUGUCCGAUCGGAUCGUCCAAACCGACAAAAACCGGGCUUGCAGUGUUGGAGCUGCAGAAUAAACUCCCCAAGGCUCGGGUUGUGUAUGCAAGUGCUACAGGUGCCUCUGAACCGCGAAACAUGGCCUACAUGAACCGUCUGGGGAUCUGGGGCCAUAAAACGCCCUUCAGAGAAUUUGGCAACUUCAUCCAGGCUGUUGAGCGCAGAGGUGUUGGCGCCAUGGAGAUAGUCGCCAUGGACAUGAAGCUGAGGGGGAUGUACAUCGCGAGGCAGCUGAGUUUCACAGGUGUGACCUUCAAGAUCGAGGAGGUUCCCCUGACUCAGAAAUACAUCCACAUGUACAACAAAUCAGUGAGGCUGUGGGUGAGCGCUCGUGAGAAGUUCCAGCAGGCGGCGAACCUGAUGGACGCAGAGCAGCGCAUGAAGAAGUCCAUGUGGGGCCAGUUCUGGUCUGCUCACCAGAGGUUCUUCAAAUACCUCUGCAUCGCCUCCAAAGUCAGACGAGUGGUCCAGCUGGCCAGAGAGGAGGUCCAGAACGGGAAGUGUGUGGUGAUCGGUCUUCAGUCCACCGGAGAAGCAAGAACACUCGAGGCGCUGGAGGAGGGAGGAGGAGAGCUCAACGACUUUGUAUCGACGGCAAAAGGUGUGCUGCAGUCCCUGAUCGAGAAGCACUUUCCAGCUCCUGACAGACAGAAGCUUUACAGCCUGUUGGGGAUCGACCUCUCGGCCAAGAAGACGCCCUCUCCGAGCGAAACGGCAGCACAGCCUGAACAGAAGGGCAAGAAGAGGAAAGGUUCAGAAGUCAAAAAGCAGCAGCAGCAGAAGAAGAAACCUCGCAAGCACGGCGGUCUGUCCGGUACCAGCUCGGAGGAGAGCCAGUCGGAGGAGUCGGACAAAGACUCCGGCAAAGAGGACGACAGCGAUGACAGCUUCAAAUCCGUCAGCUCGGCCGACGAAGACGACGACUUCAACCCGUUCAGAGACGAGUCCGAUGACGACGGGGAAGAUGAUCCGUGGCUGAUCAGGAAGGAACCAAGGAAAGGCAAAGAGAAGAAGAAAAAGAAGAAGAGAAAGAAGAGCAUCGAUCCAGACUCCAUUCAAAGUGCCUUGUUAGCCUCCGGGUUGGGCUCCACCAGGCCUGCUUUCACUGCCUCCGUGAACACGCCCAGCACACCUGCCACAGUCAAAGCAGAGAGUCAGGACAGCUGCAUAACGAGUCAGGACGCAGUGGAACAUGCCCAGAAAAUGAAGCGAGACCUGCUGGAAAAACUCGAAGAGCUCGCCGAGGAUUUACCUCCCAACACUCUGGACGAGCUCAUCGACGAGCUGGGCGGACCCGACAACGUGGCCGAGAUGACAGGCCGCAAAGGUCGAGUGGUCAGUAACGACGACGGUAGCAUCACCUACGAGUCUCGAUCCGAGCUGGACGUCCCGGUGGAAAUCCUCAAUCUCACAGAGAAGCAGAGGUUCAUGGACGGAGAGAAGAACAUCGCCAUCAUCUCGGAAGCUGCCAGCUCGGGUAUUUCCCUGCAGGCCGACCGUCGGGUGAAGAACCAGCGGCGGAGAGUCCACAUGACGCUGGAGCUGCCGUGGAGUGCAGACAGAGCUAUACAGCAGUUCGGGAGAACUCACAGGUCGAACCAGGUCACGGCUCCAGAAUACGUCUUCCUCAUAUCAGAGCUCGCAGGAGAGCAGAGAUUCGCAUCCAUUGUCGCCAAAAGACUCGAAAGCCUGGGCGCUCUCACUCACGGAGACAGACGAGCGACAGAAACCAGAGACCUCAGCCGGUUCAACUUCGACAACAAAUACGGCAGAAACGCUCUGGAGAUCGUGAUGAAGUCGAUCGUGAAGCUCGACUCUCCGUUAGUUUCUCCACCCUCCGAUUUUAAAGGAGAUUUCUUCAAAGAAAUUCAAAGUGGACUAAUAGGCGUGGGACUCAUAAAUGUGGAGGACAGAUCUGGCACGCUGUCGCUGGACAAAGACUACAACAACAUCGGGAAGUUCCUGAACCGGAUUCUGGGCAUGGAGGUCCAGCAACAAAACGCCUUGUUCCAGUACUUCUCAGACACGUUAGGAGCAGUUAUUCAGGAAGCGAAGAAGAACGGCAGAUAUGACAUGGGCAUUCUGGAUCUGGGCUCUGGUGAUGAGAAGGUGAAGAAGGUGGACUGCAGGAAGUUCCUAACACCGGGCUACACCACGUCUGGACACGUGGAGCUCUUCACCGUGAGCGUGGAGAGGGGAAUGUCCUGGGAGGAGGCGACGCAUGCUUGGGCGGAACAGAACGGAGCAGAUGAUGGUUUCUAUGUGCAGAUGAGGAACAACAAGAAAACAGCCAUUAUGGUCAAAGAGGUGAACACCAAGAAGAGACUCUUCCUAGUUUACAGGCCGAACACGGGCAAACAGCUCAAACUGGAGACGUACGCAGACAUCAAGAAGAAGUUUAAAAAGGUUUUGUCUGAAGACGCCAAGCAGCACUGGACCGACCAGUACAAGUCGUCAGCACAGAUCUGCUCUCAUGCAUACUGGCGGGGGAACUGUAAGAAAGCGUCGGUGGGUCUUCAGUGUGAGGUCGGCCUUCGGUGCAGGACGUACUUCGUUCUGUGCGGCUCGGUGCUCAGCGUGUGGACCGAGGUGGAGGAGGUCCUCAGUCCGGUCAGCGGAACCAACGUAAAGGUGCAGAUCGUCCGCCUCAGAACGGAAGACGGACAGAGGAUAGUCGGACUCAUCAUUCCAGCGAACUGCGUGUCCGCAUUAAUUAACAAGCUCUCCACAUCGGACCAGUGCCAGCAGCUGGCUGUGCAGGAGCAGCAGAAGCGGCAGCAGCUCCACCCCCAAAGCCUCAGCCACGCUCCCAACACAUAGCUCGAGGCGGACCAACGCGCUUCACGGGCGUAGAUCACAUCUCCACCCUCCCGAUCCGACGGGAAUCUCUCUAUCUCUGCACUGCAGGCUCCAGGACCGCUGCCCUCCACCUCCCCCCCCGUCUUCGUUACGCACCCUCACGUCUCCCCGGGAACACGUCUGCGAGGGUCGGCGGUGUCGCACCAAGCUGUGAUGAUUCUCAGACGUAAAGCGUCGGUUGUACAGAGAAAAAGAUUUCAGGGUUUUGUUUUUGUUUUGUUUUUUUUCUUUUCAUCUCCCGUUUUCACCUAGAGAGAUUUGACGGGUGAUGUUUCUUCCUCUGACAUUCAGAGCGAAAAGAUUUGUGACGUAUCGAUCGAGACGGAGUCGAAAAAUCCACCCCGACAGCGACGUGAGUUAUCCACUCCACACCUCACCUUAAAGCGGGUUUAGCCCAGACGGCCUGGUAUGAAGCAAAGACUCUUUAACUUGGUUCAGACCAAAGGUGGAUGAGACAGUCUGAAAGUCUGAGAACUACCUGGAAGAAGAAAAAAAAAAGGGCAUUUAAUGCUACAAAAACUACAAUCUGAUAUUAAUAUAUGACGAGAACUAUCAUUACUCAGCACUAAUGUAAAGACCGAGACAGUCCAACAGGAACGCUGAUGUGUGCUAACUUUGUUUCUUUGUGUCGCGUCGUCCUUCUUUUGUUUUGCACAUCAAACUGAUCAAAGUUCCUUUUUUUUAGUUUCACUUUUGGUUCCUCGUGUUUGUGACGUUAAAGGAUCGAUUCACGUUUUUUUUUUUUUUUUUUUUUUUUCUUCCACAAGUCUGUCUUGAAAACGUUGAAACGGGUUUUUCUCGUUUCUUCCUGUUCAAACUGGGCCCCUGAAGAUCAGAAGUGAAAACACAUUCACAGAAACGCUGAUUUGACGUGACCCGAUUCUGAAAAUACUGAGACUUCAGCAGCAAAUUAGACGAAUGAACUGAAAAUCUUUGAGUCGUUUUAGUGUGAAAUUCUCUUUCUGUUCCUCUGAAGUGCACAGAGAGCUGAAGCCUUGUUUACUUCAAAUAAACUUUUUUUUUUUUUUUUGAUAACCGGUUUGAACAGGACGGAUGAUUACAGCAAGUUAAACCAGUUCCAGUCUCUCGAGACCGACUUUAAAGCUGUGAACUGAUCCUUUAACAGACGGACUGUAACAGGAGUUUGUCGAACGUGCCUUUGUAUCAGCACAGAAAUGUACGGGCACACUGGUCUGAGUGUCAGCUGGUUUCUAUUUAAAAUGUUUCCCCAAAGAUAAAUAUUGAAACAGAGAAAAAAGAAAUUGAGGAAUGAGUUUUGGUUGUUUUCAACAAAGCAGACUGUGUUCAACUUUAAGUCCCUUUAUUUAACAUUUCUAAGCAGACAUAAGGACAGUUUGAGCAGUCAUAACUCCUCCUGUGACGACUUGUUUCACUGUGUUGUCAUUAAUUAUGUUCAUACAGCAGCAUAGAGUCGUUAUGGACAAAUUCCCCCGGGCACGGUCAAUGUUUCAAACACCAGAAACGUCCACGUCAGUCUGCACAGAGCAGCUCGAGCUAAGAGGAAGCCAAAUGGCACAAAGAAUCUGGUCGAUUUUUCAAAAUAAAACACUUCCAAUUAUUAAAACAGCCGUUUAGAUUUGAUAUUUACAUAUUUAGAAGCACCUAAACCAUGAAACCAUUCAGAUCUGAGCAAGUUAACAAAGUCUGGCCGACAAGAUGCUCCUGACGUGCCCGGUGGAGUUUUUCAAACGUUUCUUAAACGUUCAUAAACGGCUUCUAAAUGUUAAACAGGUUUACAGUCUGUCUUCUGUUUGUAAGUCGAGCAGUUAACGCUUCAGUUUGAAAAACCACCUUUGGUCUGAGUCCGACGACGUGCACGGAGAGGAAACAUUCAGAAACAUUCAGAGAAAUGUGAAACGCGUGUCCGUGACAAAGACCAUCACUUUUCUUCUUUUCUGUUUUUAAUAAUAAUAAAAAAAGGAUUUCUGCUCAGGGGUUAAACUCGUACAAAGACCCUCUUUGAAAAACAAAACAAAGAAAAUCUUUAGAGUUUUACAAAAAGUAUCCGACAUGCAUGACCACGACUUCUUCUUAUACCUCUCUAUCAGUGACGUCGCUCUGUGGCUCUGCUGUAUUUCCAGCUUCACUCUUCACGUUUCCCACACGUGUCUCUGCUUUCCUGUGAUUUAAAAGUGGACGAUGGCGUCUUCGUCCUCCUUCCUUCCUUCCUUCCUUCACUUCUCUUACCGCGUUGUAUCCUCGAUCUGCACUGGAAGGGACCGACCAAAGCCCGGACACACCUUUAACCUGUGGAUCAGUCCGUGUGCGUCCUCUUCUGUCCUCGACCGAAGCAUUUAAAGACAAACAGGAAGACGUCUUUGUAUCAUGCCGAUGUGCGUUUUGUACACUUUGUAAAAGGAUCCAAACUCUUCACGCGGCACAUCUCGGCUCGGACGUCUUCUUCUCUCUGACACAUCUUUGAACUUGAAUGUUAUCGAAGCCGACAGCUCCUGUUUUUUUUAUUUGGUCUGUUGAGAGGUCGUGUACGCAGUCCGGGCUGCUCGCCUUGUUGGGUUUUUGUUUAGUUUUUUUGUUCUCGCAGCAGGUCGGCUCCUCUGAAGUCGAAACACUUGAAGGACUUUGUUUUUUUUUUUUUUCCUUUUAAUCGUUGCACGAGUUGCACUACUGACAGUUGUACAAAUAUUCAACAUGACCUGUACAUGAAUGAGUGCAAUGCUCAAUAAAGCUUGGUAUACUUCUA